AUGAAUGACCGCGCGGAGUGGAGGAGCAGUGAUCGAAAUGUCGUGGCGUUGAAGAGAUGUGAGCACAGAGGCCAUUGCGUCCUUCGAGGGCGUAGUUCAUGGGACAAAGCGGGAAGCCACCGCAGAAAGGAUUCCCUUGGCUUUGAGCAAAUCACAUGUCGAGUUGAGACGAAAAACGUGUUUCCUUCAGCCCGAAGCGAUGGGUUUGUUCAUGGCCCUAAAACAAGACGCGAACGCCUUGGGUCGGGGCCCAGCGGCCGCAUACGAUCCAAUCAGAUCCCCGGCAGGGAAACCCCUGUUCAAAACGAGGAUGGAUUUAGCAGUCCUAACACGGAAGUGUUCUAG